GCAAGAGCAGAAGAAUGCGACCUCCAAGAGGCGGCGGUGGCUUCAGGGGAGGCCGUGACGGUGGUUUUGGUGGUAGAGGAGGCGGUCGAGGCGGCGGUGGCUUCAGGGGAGGUGGUCGCUUUGGUGGUCGCGGCGGCGGAGGGUUCCGUGAUGAGGGUCCUCCAUCUGAAGUAGUUGAGGUUUCAACUUUUCUUCACGCAUGCGAGGGAGAUGCAGUGACAAAGCUCACAAAUGAGAAGAUUCCUUUUUUUAAUGCUCCAAUCUAUCUUCAGAACAAGACCCAGAUAGGCAAAGUUGAUGAAAUUUUCGGCCCUAUCAAUGAAUCCUACUUCUCGAUCAAGAUGAUGGAAGGAAUUGUGGCCACCUCAUAUGCUUCUGGGGAUAAAUUUUAUAUCGAUCCAGCUAAACUUUUACCUCUCGCUAGAUUCCUCCCACAACCAAAGGGACAGUUUGCCGCUAGAGGUGGUGGCCGUGGUGGGGGCAGAGGUGGUGGCAGAGGAGGCCGUGGGGGUGGUGGCUUUCGUGGAAGGGGUGGCCCAAGAGGUGGCAGAGGCGGCCCUCCAAGAGGUGGUGGCCGUGGUGGGGGCUUUAGGGGUAGAGGAAGAUUCUAGAUUAGCAUUAUGUACUAUCAUAGUUUUUAUCAAUUUUCCAUUUGUAAUGUCGUUUUGAUAAGCCUUAGCUAGGCUUUUCUUUUACUGUAUUUUGUUUGGAAUUGAACAUCUCGAAAUUGAAUCCACUGUUUAAUUUAACUCUGCUGCUAUUUAAUUUCUUGAUAAAAA